AUGCUCGCCACGUCCGCCGCUCCCCGGUCCCCGACGCUCGCUUCCCCGGCCAUCGUGGCGGAGCCCCCCUCCCACCCUGUGUCGAUGGCAAAGUUGAUUUUGCAAGGACAAAAUUGCUUGCUCAUCUUGGCUUCGAAACCACCUCAGGCACCGCCUGCAAGUUCAACUGAUGAAUUGAGCCAAACAUUGGCAGAUACACUUAAUAUUGAUCAUGUUGCAGUAACCGAUAAUGCGGAUGCCCAGUUUCUUAUUGAUAAUGGGGAUGAUUUUUUCAACAAUCCUCAAUCUUCAGAGGCUAGCUUGGCUGAAGAAUCAGUUUCUACAAAUGGUCAACAGAUAGAACAGGAAGUUUCUGGAGAUGCUGUGCCAUCAGAUCCAUCAAUUGACAAAAGCAUUCAACAUGCGUUGGUGGUUAGAGACUACAAAGGGGCAGUUAACCAGUGUCUUGCUUCUAAUCGUAUGGCUGAUGCUUUGGUUAUAGCCCAUGCCGGUGGUUCUGCUCUCUGGGAAAACACAAGAAAUCAUUAUCUCAAGAACAGUAUCUCACCCUACUUAAAGGUUGUCUCUGCUAUGGUGGGCAAUGAUUUAAUGAGUUUUGUGAGUACCUGGCCACUAAGUUCAUGGAAAGAAACUCACGCCCACCUAUGGACCUACCCCCUCGUCUCACAGCAUGGUCGCCGGCUUGGUGUCGCCCCCGACCAUGUUGUCUCUAGCAACACAGCGGGCACCGUCGGUGCAGCCUCCCCCACCGACAACCAUUGAGCCCCCACUGCCACGCUCGCAAUGAUCUCCACGACCCCCAUCUCGGUGCAGUUGCCGCCUAUCUAGCCAAAAUCGUAGCUGUCGUCGGGCCCCGCUUGUGGCCCGCAACUGCAUUU